UCCUCUCCGUUGCAAAACUCCGACUCAGUUUCAACCGGGGCGACUAGAUUAAUUCAAUGGAUGAUUUGGCUGCUUACUACUCUCACUACAGUCUACCGGCGAGCAUUCCUCCUCUGCCGUUGGGAGUGGCUCCGAUUUCAAUUACUCCAGCUCAUUCCGUCUAUUUGCCUACACACGCCUCAAUCGGAGCUCGCGAUGAGGUUCGUACGCUUUUCGUUGCUGGACUUCCUGAAGAUGUCAAGCCCCGGGAGAUCUAUAAUCUCUUUCGAGAGUUCCCAGGAUACGAGACUUCGCAUCUUCGGAGCUCAGACGGAGCUAAGCCCUUCGCAUUUGCUGUGUUCUCGGAUCUGCAAUCAGCUGUAGCGGUGAUGCAUGCUCUCAAUGGAAUGGUAUUUGAUCUUGAAAAUCAUUCUACUCUUCACAUUGAUCUUGCCAAAUCAAACCCCAAAUCUAAGCGAACAAGAACAGACGAUGGUUGGCAAAGCUUGAAAAAACCCAAGUCUUGGAGGACAACUACUGAGUCUGGUUUUGGCAGCUUUCACACUCCUGGAAUGAGUAGUUCUGCUUACAACACAAUUGGUUAUUCACAUACACAAAGUCAAGGAAUUGCUAAUGUUGUUAGGAGGGCACCGACUACUGGAAAAUCUAAUACUAAUGUGGCAGAUCCUUGUCCUACACUUUUCUUAGCGAAUAUGGGACCAAAUUGCACUGAAGCUGAGCUAGUUCAAGUUUUCUCGAGAUGCCGGGGCUUCUUGAAAUUGAAGAUUCAGGGUACAUAUGGCACUCCUGUUGCAUUUGUUGAUUUCCAGGACAUCAGUUGCUCAAGUGAAGCACUGCAUACUCUUCAAGGCACAGUGCUUUACUCAUCCCUCACUGGGGAGGGUUUGAGGCUGCAAUAUGCUCGUUCACGGAUGGGUAUGCGUAAGAAGAUUGAUUAGUGUUAAAAUUGAUUAUGCUCUGAUUCAUAAAGAUAAAGUAGAAUGUUAUGCCAAGACGGCAUAGGUAGUGAACUUUGCUACAUGCAUGUAUAGUUACAGUACGCAGAUGUAUUAUUUAUCAUAUUGAUUUAAAGAACCAUUAUCGGAGAGCAA